GAAAUUACAUCAAAUUAAUGCCCCUCUAAAAUAAUUUUUUAUUGUUGGCAAACAUUUUGUCAUUGUUGCAAAACGCUAUUUAAAUUUUUGCAUUGUUAGAUAACUUUUUCCUACAUUUUGGUAAAAAUUUUACACCUGCUAAUCUUAUCCAACAAUCUAAAUUUAAAAAAGACAAAAGCUUUGUUGGUUGUUGCAAAUUUUACAUUCUUGCCUGGAUACAAUUUUAAAGUUCUUGAUUCCUAUAGACUUGGAAGUUUUCCAGCUUUUCACAUAUUUUCUGAAGCACCAACAUGUCCAUCGAUGGUGACACGCUAGUCACUAAGGCCGAGUUCCAGAACAAAGUAAACAACGCAUCCCUUCGCAAUGUCCAUGGUCUGCGAGACAAGGUCGUCCAGCUGGAACUGGAUGAGUUCGGAUUAAUUCAGCCUCGGGUCCACGGCAUGAAAUACCUGACGGAGCUCCUGGACAACCUGAGAUACCGGACGGAGCGGCUGCACGCGACCGAGCAGACCCUGCUGGAGAAAGAGAUGCUUAUCAGGGACAUGAAACUACACAACGGGACAUCUUUUGGCAAAAGGCGCGGCGAAUAUUUGUUCCGGACGGAGGCGGACUACAGCAGGAAAUUGGGACGUCACGUGCAACGCCUGAGCCACCAGAUUCAGGAGCUGCUGAGGUGCAAAGAGAGAAACCGGUUGGCCCCGAACAACGAGAUCAUGGUCAUUCAGACUGUUCUGAUGGAAAGGAGUGAGGAAAAGAAGACGCAGAUGGAAGAACUGGACAGAGAGUUGAAAAAGGUCAAGGACGAGGACACCAAGGCCGUCGAGACCCUGUGGGCCGCACGCAGAGAGCAGGUCGCCCUUGCGCAGGAUGAAAUUGUGGAGCAAACCAAUCCUGAAGAUGUGGUGAACGCAAACGACACCAUGAAGGAGGAAAUUGAGAGUGCAAAGAUGCUUCUGAACGAUCCGGCCUUCAAAGAAAUGGGGUCCGUUUCCAGUGGUGUAAUUAAAAGGAAUGAGGAGAAAAUCGUCAGCCUCAAAAACGAAUAUAAGAAAGUCUAUUCGGAAUUUGUUGGAAUCUCUGAGGAUUUGGAAAGGCAGAAGCUAAUCAUGCAGCAGAAGGACGCCGAUCUGAAAUCAGUUUCUCUCAAAGAAGUCGAACUCAAGCAACGAAUUGACACCCAAACUGGCUACCUGACGGAGCUGCUGCAAAACGAUGAAACAUACCAAAGCAAGCUUCUCUCUUAUGAUGGUCGACUGAAAAUACUCCAGAGACGUGAGAGCAAUUCCUUGGCGUUGGAAAAAGUCCUGGAAAGCCUCAAAUAUGUCAAGAAAGAGCUCUCCCGCAUGGAAGAAGAUCUUGCCAAGCAGACAAUUUAUCAUGUUGAUUUGGUCAAGAAACUGGAUUAUGAAAAGAGGAGAGGAGCAGCAAUGCAAAAGGCAGAGGUGAAAAAUGGAGACAGGGUUGGCGAGGAAAUGGAAAAGCUGAACUUGAAGCAGACCCUGAAAAAGCUGGCAGAGGAAUUUAAGAGAAAAUCUGAGGAGGAGAAAAAGAAAAAGGAACUCAAAGUCCAGCGUUUGCAGCAUCUGGAAGAACUGGCCAAGGAAAAUCGCAGCUGCGAAGAGAGGCUGGAAGCGAGAAAGGUCGAGUGGCGCAAAAGCAACAAGAUGACCAAAGACCUGGCCGCCGACUUUGAAAAUGCCGUCAAGUUGAGUGACGACGGGGCCAAAAGUUUUGAGGCCACGCAAGCUACUGUUAUGGAUAUGCAGGAGCAGGGUGGACUUUUGAAGGACGAAAUCAAAGACCUCAAGGAAAGGCUGGCCAGUGCUGCCGAAAACUACGAGGAGUUGAAGAAAACCAUUAUCGAGACAGCCAAGAGCAUGAGUGGAGUUGUCACUGCAGAGCAAAAACCUCGCAAAGGAUGGUGGGAAAGCAUAUUUGGCUGAGGCGAUAUAUCUUGAUUGGUUAGAGAUGCAAGAGGAGAACUUCCAUCGUAAAUGGUUAAUUUUGAAAUGAAAUAAAACGUUUGGAGUUUCUAUUUUGUUGCCAUUUAUUUUUUAAACAAGUACAAAAAUUUUAGCAUUACAUAUUCCUAGGUUCGUGAUUCAAGGGUUUAGGAGUGAAAUGCGCAAGACUGAAAAUGCAAACAAUAUGAGUUUUUAUACACUAUGACCAGAGUGAAAAGAAAAAUUUUUACAUCUAAUUCGUUUUGGCACCCCAUAGUGCGCUGGUUGUAAAUAAAUUCCAUAGAUUUAUUACAAAGCUGGAUAUGCAUUUAAAUUAAAAUCACAUUCAAAAAAGAAUUGCUAUAGUUGGUGAAAUGCAAAAAAAAAACACAUAUUUACAUUAAAAAUAAAUGACUUUUACCUAUUAUAUAAAAAAAAAACUAUUUUCGCUACAGCAAGUUGAAAGGUUGAA